UGCACAAUACAGUACUUCAUCUCCAUCGAAACAAACCCAAAAAAAGAAAAGAAAAAAGAGGAAUAUACAUACAAUUCGAUGGAGAUGAAGAUUAACGUUUCAGUUCUGAUUAAGGUCUUAGCAUUGCAAUGCCUUGCAGUCCUUUGUGCCUCUCAAGAUUUUGAUUUCUUCUACUUUGUCCAACAGUGGCCAGGUUCGUAUUGCGAUACCAACAAGGGAUGUUGCUACCCAAAGACAGGGAAGCCUGCUGCAGAUUUUGGAAUUCAUGGGCUUUGGCCCAACUAUAAAGAUGGCUCUUAUCCAUCAAAUUGUGAUCCCCAAGCCCCAUUCAAUCCCUCUGAGAUUAGAGAUCUGAGUAGCAGAAUCCAAAAAGAUUGGCCAACAUUAGCCUGCCCAAGUGGAGAUGGGCUGGCCUUCUGGGAACAUGAGUGGACUAAACACGGGACUUGCUCCGAAUCUGUACUGGAUCAGCAUGACUACUUCGCAACCGCUCUAAGCCUCAAGAACCAGUCCAACCUCCUUCGGAGCCUGAAAACCGCAGGGAUUAUACCAAAUGGAGGGUACUACAGUUUGGAGAGCAUCAAAUCAGCAAUCAAAGAUGGAAUGGGUUACACUCCGUACAUCGAGUGCAAUGUGGACGAAUCUGGAAAUAGCCAGCUCUACCAAGUUUAUCUGUGCGUGGACAGUAACGGAUCAAGUCUCAUCGAAUGCCCAGUGUUCCCACAUGGCAAAUGUGGUUCAACCAUUGAAUUUCCAACUUUCUAAUUCUAUUGUUUAGGCUGGGUUUUUGAAUUUAGCAUAGCAUUCUUAAUUUGGACGGAUUGAAAACAGUGGGCUUACUUCAAUAGUCAUCAUGGUUCUCAACCCUUCUCAGAUUAUGAUCUAUUGAUUUAUUUUCUCGCCACGAGUGCAUGCUCUCAACAUUCUUGGCAAGGGUUCGAAGCUAGCUAGAUGAUGACUUUCUGUUAAUACUCACUUGAAAAAUGACAUGUUUCUUCCAAUUCCAACAAUACAAAUCUGGCCCCAUGAUUACGUAUUAUUUCUCUAUCUAUCGCU